GUUUAGAAAGGGGAGAGGCUGUCCGGCGUUCUCAUCAUCCGGCGAAUCGGCCCUCUCUUCUGCCCUGCGAUGCGCCAUGGCCCCUUUCCUUUGGCAUUGGGUUUUUGGAGCCUGGCCUCAACUGAGGUGGUUCCAAACACUGAACGUUUGGUCUCACUGAUCUCCGAGCAGUUCCUCACCAUCACCGGCAACGUCACCGCCUUGGCCGAUCCGAAGUUGCAUCGCUAUCGCCUGGCGUCGGCCGCGGCGGCACGUCACGCGGCGCUGGUCACGCGGCGGUACGCACGCGAGCGUAGGGCUGAGGAGCCAGAGGACUUGAGGCUCGAGGAGCUCGACCCGAGCUUUUGCGAGGCAGCACCACAGUUCCUGCAAAUCAAGAAUGAAUCCAGGAACAUGGAUGAGUUUGACUUUGUGAAUGAUUGCUGCGAACCUACGAAGUUUGACUCUCUGGGCAACGAGCAGUGCUUCCCAGAAUGGCCCUCCUGGCCCGUGCGGAUUUGCUGUGCUCAUCAUUUGUCCCAAGGGCCUUCGAAGAGCUCCUACUUUGCGGGCUUUUGGAGGACCCUCGCUUGGAGCAUCUUUGAAAGCACCCAGAGCAUUGACGAGCCGCCAAUAGCAUUUGAGAGUCACGUGAAGAGCAUCAUGGCAUAUCACAAAUCGGGUGUCAGUUUGUCCACUGAGCUGGUGGGGAAUGUGGCACCGGGGCCCUUGACCCGGUUCUUGUUGAAGAAUCCGGAGGAGACGGUCAUGGUGCCACAUGACUUCCAGGUGACGAAGUUCGGGAACCACAACAGCCUGAGGGGCGGACGGCCCGUGAUCAGCCCCUUCUUCCAAUCCUUUACACGAACCUUCAGUGAUACGAAGACGAGUGAUAUGAUCAUCCACUUUUCCAACCCCUUGAAGUCCGAGGCGCCCCAGUUUCAACACUUCUUGAGCGAAGGAGCUGGCCAAGUGUUGCAUUUGGUUCGAAGGCCCUCAGAUAUGAUCCUUUCAGGCUAUCGAUAUCAUCGACAAGACUUAAGUGCCGGUGAAGAAUGGUUGAAAUUCCGGAACCCGCCUGACUGUUUGAGUUGUGAUCAUGAAGCCUGGUUUGAGAUUUUUCAACUCUGUGGCUUCAGAUGCAGCUACAACGAGCUUCUUCAGAACGUCACUGCAAGGCAGGGUUUGCAAGCCGAGUAUCUAAGAAGCCGCUGGGACAUUGUGAAGAUGCUGGAAAACGCCCAGGCGUGGCAAAGCUUGGAUCACGUGCUCCAGGUCCCUAUGGAGAGCUUCCACCACGACUUCAACGGCACCCUGCGCUGCAUUGCCCGCUUCUUCUUCGACCAGAAACCAGACCAGAUACCGGAGCAACAGUUUUCAGCCGACCUGGAGCGCUUUUUGGAGAACACAUGGCUCCUUGGAGGGGCCCUCGAUCUUGGCGCCCCCGGAGACCCUGUCUCUGCACCACGACACCGGCGACACCGGCGACACCGCGCCCGGCUGUGCGCCCGGCGCGACACUGCCAGGAGUCCCAGGGCAUGUCGCCCGAGGUGCUCCAGAGCUGUCGCGAGGCGCUGCUGCGCGGCGAGCACUGCACGGGGCCGCGGAGUGAGGAUGAGAAGAGCUUUCAAUACAGAGCCACGACACAUGUGGCCUCGACAGUGGAGAGGAGCCACCUGCGAGCGGAGUUGCGCCGGACGCCCGGUUGGCGGCACUUCAUCCUGCUCGCGGAUGCCGCCUUCGAGGCCUUGCUGCUCAGCAGUCGCACACGAGAGCUCUUCGGCUGCCCCACUUGAGCGCCGGUCGGUUCUGCAGAGCGUUCGCCGGCGGAACCGGAACCGCUUCCGCCGCGGACCGGCGAAGGGAGCGGACUGGCGCUGGUUGUGGUGCCCCAAUGGAGGACUGCUUCUCAACGCGCAUCGAGACUCCGGUGCACGGCUUCGGUGGGUGACGCCGAUGGGGGGAGACCAGCGCGUGCCGAGAAAUGGUCUCUCUCAGAGUGAGUGACGCGCAGGUCUCUCUCAUGCUCCUGACAGCGCUACGGCAGUGACAGCCUAUGACCCACUUGCGCUGGUGCAUGCUAAGUGAACUGCAGUUAGUGAAUGAAAAAGGUGUGGGGUUGUAUGUGCAAGGGCUGCAAGGGUCAUGGACACCCACCGACAUGGGCGCUGGCCAACCGUUGGAAC